UCGCUUUUUUUUACAUUCCUUACCUAGUAAUACAACAACAAAAGGUUUCGUUUGUUCCUGGAGGAAGUGCGGAAGUUAGGCUACCUACCGCCUGUUCAAGAGCCGUCAUGUCAUUCUUUAGUCGGGCAUAUCGGUGAGCUGACCGAGAGCCGGUGGGAUCAUUCAAUGACUGAGGCGUUUUUUUAAUGCGGUAAUUUACAUGCAGCAGCUACUCGUCAUGCCCGUCCACAGGAGGCAGCCCAGUAUAGAACUACUGGAAUUAAUGGGAGUGGUAAGAGAGAACGGCAAUGAACAGACAUCACUUCCUCCUGUGCACACUCCACUAUCAUAUGACUAUGUCCUGGUUGCCAAAACAAGUGAUAAACAGGACAAACAGACUUUCAAGAAGCAAACUGAAUAUAUUGUAGAACUGAAAAAAAAGAAUCUUAAAGUCACAGAAAUUAUAAAUGAAGAGCUCGUCUUCUAUGGGAUUCAAGCGCCCAAAGAAUUGUUUGAGAAGUACAGAUAUCUGCUCAAAGUGUCUGAUGCUUGUAAUUGGAGCUCGGAUCAGAACGUUGUACCGCUCAGCACCAGGAUAAGGAUUGUCCAUUUCAUCUUAAAUCACACCCCUAUCCAUUCAGGAGAGAGUCUGCGGGAUCUUUUGAAGAUGAAUGUUUUUGAGGCAAGGUUCUGCCUGCAUGAGAAAAGGAAACAGAGAGAACUGAAGGAGAGCUGGGCACGAUGGACAGCCUGUCUCCAAGGGCAACCCAUAACUGCUGUCAGGAACUACUUCGGGGAGAAGGUGGCCUUGUACUACCUGUGGUUGGGCUGGUACACAUAUCUGCUUAUCCCGCCUGCUAUCAUUGGGGUCAUAGUCUUCCUUUACGGCCUUGCCUACUUCAACAGCUCGCCUCUCAUAAAGGAGGUUUGCGAGGCUGACACGGUCAUGUGUCCACUUUGUGACAAUAGAUGCAAAGUGUGGCAGCUCUCUGACACCUGUACAUAUGCCAAGGUGAGCCUGCUGUUCGAUAAUCAUGGCACAGUGCUCUUUGCGAUGUUCAUGGCAGUGUGGGCAACACUGUUUUUGGAGUUCUGGAAGAGACAUCGGGCUUCCUAUGUGUGCGAAUGGAAAGUGUCUGAUUGGUGUGAGGAGGAGGAGGAACUGAUUCUGGAAAUUGUGAACAACGUAAACUGUGAACCAAAACAAUAUAAGCACUCCUAUCUGCGCAGCACUCUGGUUCUGAUCUGUGUCACAGCUAUGAUAUUGGUGAUAAUUGGCCUGACACAUGCCUUGGUGGUGUUCAGGGUAAUUGCUGCAGUGCUCUUGGCUGAGGGAUCAUGGGAGUUCCUGAGCAACCACUCCAGCAUAGGAGCAAUGAUGCUGGGGGCCGUCGUCCAUUACCUUAUCAUCACUGUCAUGACACGGAUCAACAGGAUUGUAGCCAUGAAGCUCUGUGAAAUAGAGAAAACAAGAUCGUUUGCUGCCACGGAGAAGAAUUUCACAGUCAAGAUGUUCACCUUCCAGUUCUUCACCUAUUUUUCCUCCCUCUUCUACGUAGCCUUUUUUCUUGGCAGGAUAAAUGGCCAUCCUGGUGGUUACGUCCGAAUUGCAGGGAAAUGGAGGCUAGAGGAGUGUCAUCCUAGUGGAUGUCUCACAGACCUGUUCAUCCAAAUGGCAAUCAUAAUGGUACUCAAGCAAACCAUCAGCAAUGUCUUUGAGUUCACUGGCCCUGUGCUCUGCAGGUGGCUGAAGAGAAAAAGGACCCAGAAGCUGCAGAGGAAAUGUGCCCACUGCUACCUAAAAGAUGAAUCAGAGGGAAAACUCUGCGCUGAACUGUGUGAUAACUGUAAGCUUCGAGACUGGCUCAGCAACUACCGUCUCAAUGAUGUUGACUCCUUCAGCCUCUUCAAUGAGUUUCUGGAGAUGGUGAUCCAGUUCAGCUUUACCACCAUAUUUGUGGCAGCAUUUCCUCUUGCUCCUCUGCUAGCCCUCAUUAAUAAUAUCAUUGAAAUACGCUUGGAUGCCAUUAAAAUGGUCACUCUGGAGCGCAGAAUGGUUCCCAAGAAAACCAACGAUAUUGGUGUGUGGAUAGACGUGUUGGAGGCUAUUGGUGUCUUAGCUGUCAUUGCGAACGGGCUGGUCAUCGGUGUUUCUUCAGACUUCAUCCCUCGAUUGGUUUACAAAUACCGCUAUGGCCCGUGUGCCAAUGGCACAGUAACAGAUAUUGACUGCAUGGCUGGCUACAUCAACAACUCUCUCUCCAUUGCACGAAUGGAUGACCAGAACAUACACAAUGAGUUUUCAGCAGAUCAGAUGGUCACUCAUAGUGGCUUGAAUGUCUCUUCCUGCAGCUAUAAAGACUACAGGAGCAAUGAGGACUACAAUUUUACCCCACAGUUUUGGCUAAUUUUAGCUGUGCGCUUUGCAUUUGUCAUUCUGUUUGAGCACGUUGUCGUCAUAUGCAAGUUCAUUGCAGCCUGGUUUGUACCGAGCGCUCCCAUGCAGGUCAAGAAUAAUAGACUCUUUGAUAAACUCAACAGACUAAAACAGGAACUCAGGAGGAACUGAUCCUGGAAAUUGUGAACAAUGCAAACUGUAAACAAAAAAUAUAGCACUCCUAUCUGUCCAGCACUCUGGUUCUGAUCUGUGUCUAUGCUGGGUGGGGGGAGGGGGGGGGGGGGGAGAGCACUGGACUGGUGCUCGAUAUUGGAAUCAGUAUCAGGAGAGAAAAAGUAGGAUUGGUGCAUCUCAAGCCCAAACAUGAACUGCAUGUUUCUGAUAAGCAAAUUAAAAAUUUAAGUUAAACUUUUUCCUUACUGUCAGACACAAGGUGCUCCUGCUAUGUAUGUGGUUAUACCGAGAGCAAGAUAGGCAUCAUCAAACUUUGAGUUUGACUGAUGAGUUUGGUUGAUUAGCAUACUUUACUUAUUUCCCUGUCAAAAGUCUGCCUAUCUUGUGCUUUACACUGUCGUUUUGCUGGCUGAAAAAAUCUAGCUAAGCUGGAUCUUGAUAGCCUUUCUAGCAUCAGAUCUCUCCUUUCUCUAAUGAAUCAGAUUCAUAGACCUUUGUCAGCAGCAAACAAGUCAAAAUGUUUCCUCCGAAAAAGUUCUACUCAAUUUUAGUUUCACUCCCUUUGUCAUGAAGCCUCCCCCCUUUUUGGGAACCACCAAGAACCUUAAAAUGUUAUCCCACUGUUAUUAGCACUUCGCUGUGAUGUCUUUCUUCAGAAAGCAAAUGGUGCUUCAUGAUAGAUUUACAACACAGCCAGCAUUACUCUUCCUGACUCUUCAUGAAUUAAUUCUAAGACGUAUAUAUUUUAAAAUGAAUAUUCCACCCACAUUUAAUGGUACCUUUACUUUGAAAUAUUUAACUGAAAUGUAAUCACCUGAUGACUCAUAACUACAAAUCUGGCAUUUGUAGUUUGUAAUAUGUUUAUUAUAUUUGGUUGUACCAGAGACAACAUUUGGAAGUCUGUUUUUGAGAUGUGCUUUGCAUUGUUGUGACCACAUUGACAUAGAUGCUGCAACUAACCCCAACUAA